CUGUGAUUCAUUUUACAGAAAUGUGCCAGGGCACGGAAAUCCUACCCACGGUCUGUUCGGGAUCUCCCCUGACGACCCGGUUGGUACCAAACAAACAGUGAAAAUUGCCGCUGGAAGCUAUUCCAAAGGGGCACUGGCCUUUCUCCUGUUGGAUCAUGAUGUUGCAAUGCCCUCUGCACGUGUUUCAACUGAAAAAACCAUGUUGAAGCUGAGAGAAUUGACGACAACCACAAGCACUACGACGCGCCGGCCAAGCCCCACCACAACGCAGAAGCCGCCCACGACUUCCUCCACCACCAAACCAACACAGCGGCCAACCACUACCACAACGCAGAAGCCGCCUACGACUUCCUCCACCACCAAACCAACACAGCGGCCAACCACUACAACAACGCAGCAGCCGAACACAACACCUAUCAUUGGCCCUUCUACCAACCUGAAAGAAAACCCCAUCAAGGAUAACGAUGGCCUUGACUUCUGUCUUGAAAACCCGCGCAAAGCUAUUGAAUCUUAUGAACUUGACUUGUCUAACCUGACAAAAGCUGAUAUUGAACAGAUACGGCUGAUGAUUCCUGAUGAGCCAACGAUUAGAAAAAGAUUUCAUAAAGGGAAUAUAAAACUCGUAUCAUACUUAAAUGAACUCACCAAAAAUAUGACGGCAGAAGGCAACAAUAUUUUCUCUGCAAGUAAGGCUUUUCCUGCUGCAUCAAAGUGUCUUGGACUUUUAGCGACUUACGGCGCAAACGCUACUGAACCAAGUUGCCUUAAGUUAACACCAUUUGCCAAAGAUUUUGAGGGACUGAAGUGCAUCCUUAUAAGAAACAGCGUAUUUAAAAAAAUUGUGGAAGCAGUUUUUCCCUCUGGAAACAGAUUUUUUAAUACAUCGGAAUUAUAUUCCUCUUUACUUCAGCCAUUAAUACGGUACUUGCAAGUCCUAGGUGACAUGCUGCACGCAACGAAUCAGGUCAUGAAAUUGACAACCAGCACGACGAUGCUAAAGACUGUCCAGAACGUUCUGCAAACGCACACUGCUGAGGAGCUGUUAGACAAAGGCGAUGCCUUUUGGCAAAACACGGUGUGGAACCCAACCAAAAAUGACCUUAUCAAAAACUCCAUAGAGACGAUCAACGACCAGCUGCCUGCCUUUGCAGAAGAAUUGAAGAACGAUGCAAUGUACGAGUUUCAUCGUUUGAACGACGUGAAAAUUGCUGCGGUGCUGUCAAAAAUAGAAUCAAAAGGAUCAUUCUUAAACCAAACGGUAAGGUCAAUCCGAGAUCUGAGUCCACUGCCGUUCUUCAACAGCUCAAAGGAUAACUACUACGACAUCAGCGGUUCUUUAAAACUUCUGCAUGACCUAGCAAAUAUCUUCCAAAUGCAACCCUCCGAAGUAACGUCAAAUAUUAAUUUUCGCCCUCUUGCUCGGACAUCUAGCUACAUUGCUUCUCUUCAGAAAGAGUGCACUUUGUUGUCUGACUUAUUACACAAGCUGACCAAUGCCUAUGAUAAAAAAGUGAACUGGACCGAAGUGCAAGUGGAGGCUGCCAAACUGGACCGAAUUGGGCAAAUGAUCAUACAACAGCACAAAGAUGCUCGGAAUAAUUUUCAUAUCGAAAAAAUUGCUGACACCAAGUUGCAUGUUUCAGGAUACGUAGUGCGCCUAAGUGAAGCGUUGGACAGCCUUACCAGUGACACAAGAGAAAUCAAUAUUGUUGCGUUUCACACCUUUAUAUUGGACAAGGACUUUUCAAUGGGUUCUGUGCCAAUGAAGAUUACUGUAGUUGCAGCGCAAGUCAAAGUAGUUAAUGAACGUACUAUCAACUUGAAUGGUAUGCAAGGCAACGGAAUGGACAUGACCGCUGAUGAGGGUGAACUCGGGCAACCUGGAGAGCCCGGUGGGCCUGCGGGCUCAAUUUUUGUCUUGACCAACAGAAUCGUUGACUGGGAGCAUCUAAAGAUUAUGGCAAAUGGUGGGAGAGGUGGGCCUGGUCAAAAGGGCGGCAGUGGCAAGAGAGGCGAAGAUGCUGAAAGUCUCCGUGUAAGAACUGCUACCUACACAGAAUCCAACCAACACUGCGAUGCAAAUGAAAUCAGUCCCGAUCAACGAAAAAGGUACUGCUAUCUCACGGCUUGUGGAAUUGGGGUACAAGGACAAAUUGGUUCUGACGGCGGGGCUGGCGGCUAUGGUGGUCCAGGUGGACAAGUUGAACUUAUAAGCAGAGAUUUUGUCCACAUUACUGUUGAAAAUGCUUCUGGCGAAAGGGGUGAGCCUGGUGAUGGGGGUGAUGGUGGGCCAGGGGGAUGGCACGGCGUUCAGUUUAAGAUAGAAAUAGAUAAUGAAACAGAAAAACGCAGAAUUGUUAAUUCCAUUACAAAACCUGGAGCAGCCAAAAAUGGGAAACGAGGAGAGAAAGGAAGAAACGAUCACCGCAUUCAGCCUCAGCUAAAGGCAAACAAGUUCCCACCUGGAUGGAUCUUCAAUGUGCGCAGAAUGUACCUUAAGCGCCUCAUACGAAGCUACAGCGUGGCUGUCCUAGAAGAUGAUACCGUUGAAAGGUUUCUCGAAUACCUCUUCAGUGACAAGAUCAUAAAUUACGAGCAUAUUACUAAAAGUCAGGUUGAUGCCUUAGCGGAGUACGGCAAGGUCCUUAAGGGGACAAAAAUGGAGAAAACCUAUCCCAGAUGUGUGUUGCGGUUCUUUCUCUACAUGGCGAAGGAACUUUUACUGCUGCACAAG